AUGGCGUCACUUGUGCUCGUGCUGAUGUUUGUGCCGCUGCUGCCACUGCUGCCAGACUCACACGCCGCGCGCCUCUCGGGACACAUCCCGGAAAACGCGCCGAGCGGAACAGCGGUGCGCGGACUGUUGCUUCCCAGGUGCGCACGUGCAGGAGGACCGGACACCGGCCCGGUGACUCUGCGCGGGGAGCACUCCACAGACUUUGAGCUGGUCCCGCGUGCGCAAGGUGCACGGUUAGGACUGGUGUCCACGCGCGCACUGGACAGAGAGUUCAUAGCAAUGUAUGAUCUGCACGCGAACCUGCCCGCGCGCUGUCUGCCAAGGCGCGUGCACGUGCAGGUGGAGGUGUCCGACGUCAACGACAACACUCCGUACUUCACUACCGGAAACCGCAGCGUGGACCUUGAUGCACUCGCACCACGAGGAACGGAGCUGACGCGCUUUGACGCGCGGGACGCGGACGCAGAGAGAAACGGGCGCGUGCUGUUCUUCCUUUGUCCCGGUGUCCCGCAGCUGCACGUGGUCCCGGGCAGUGGACAGGUGCUGCUCGUGGACUCUGUGCACGGACUGCAGCGCGUCACCGCGCGCCUCUGUGUGCGGGAUGACGCGGACGUGCCGCGCACUGGAGAACCUGUGUUUCUGCACGUGCAUGUGCGCUCUGUGGCGGAACACGCGCGCAGGAGGCGCGCUCUCCUGGAGGAGCUCACCUAUUCCGUGCGUGUGCCCGAGAAAGUGCGCGUGGGACAACUGCUCUUCACUUUACCGGAGCCGCGCUUCCAGCAGCGGCGCGUGGAGCUGCUGUCCGCCUCUACAGUCACCGUGGAGCGCGACACCGGAAGAAUGUACCUGGCUCGUGCACUGUCCCGGGACGAAGAGGUCACCGUCCGCGUGCACAAUCUCAGAGAGGAGUUUGGAGAAGGUCAGUGUUUGCCCCAUGAGGCUGAGCUCUGA